UAUAACAUUUUAUUAGCACUGAUUUGAAAUUCAGUAGGAUUUGGCCAAUAGAUUUUUUUCAAAUGUAUACCAUAAGUAGGCUGCGUUUGAAAUUGGUAGAAGACGUUGUGGAUCUUACAUCAGCACAACUGAGUCAUGCGCUGAAGAAAAAUCUCAGUUUCGGAAUAUCUGGAGUCCUUAUGGCUAUGUAUGAUGAAGAUAUCUUAAAAAAUCCUUUUUAUCUGGCAAUUCAAAAACAGCGUCCUGAUCUUUGUAGCAAGGUUGCAGAAGUUCAUGGUAUUGUUUUGGUGCCAUGCAAAGGAAGUCUGUCAAGCAACAUUCAAUCUACUUGUGAGUUUGACUCAUACGUUUUAAAACCAGCCGAAGAGAGUUUUCAGACCUUAAAUGGAAAGGAAGUUUUAAUUCAAGGCAACAGGAUUAAAUUAGGAACCGGUUUCCACUAUCCCCUGUCAGUACCAAUUCUCUUUGAAGAAACGUUCUACAAUGAAAAAGAAGAAAGCUUUAGCAUAUUGUGUAUAGCUCAUCCUUUGGAAAAGAAAGAGACCUCAGAAGAAUCUUUGAUCCCAACAAAUUCCUUCUCCCUGACAACAAUCGAAGAUGUAAGAGAAUUUUUGGGACGACAUUCUGAAAGAUUUGAUAAAAACAUCGUGUCUUUCCAUAGGACCUUCAGAGAAUUUGAAAGGAAGAGCCUCCGUCAUUACAUAGAUUCUGUUAAUGCACUUUACACCAAAUGUCUCCAGCAGUUACUAAGGGAUUCUCAUUUGAAAAUCCUAGCAAAACAGGAACCUCAAAUGAAUCUAAUGAAACAAGCAGUUGAAAUGUAUAUACAUCAUGAUAUUUAUGAUCUGAUCUUUAAAUACGUGGGAACUAUUGAGGCUAGUGAGGAUGCUGCCUUUAACAAAAUUACAAGGAGCCUUCAAGACCUCCAGCAAAAAGAUAUUGGAGUUAAGCCUGAGUUCAGCUUUAACAUACCUCGAGCAAAGCGAGAACUGGGUCAGCUCAACAAAUGUACCUCUCCACAACAGAAGUUGGUUUGUCUAUGGAAAGUGGUGCAGCUAAUUAUGCAGUCGCCUAGCCAAAGAGUUAACAUGGAGACAAUGUGUGCAGAUGAUCUGCUCUCAGUCCUGUUAUAUUUGCUCAUAAAAACAGAAAUUCCUAAUUGGAUGGCAAACUUGAGUUACAUCAAAAACUUUAGAUUCAGUAGCUCCACGAAAGAUGAACUGGGAUAUUGCCUGACCUCAAUUGAGGCGGCGAUAGAGUACAUCCGUCAAGGAAACCUCUCUGAGAAGCCUUCUGCGUCUGGAGGAUUUAGUGAUAAACUUUUCUUUAGGCAAAAAAUGAACAUACUCUCCCAAAUAAGCUCUACCCCUAUUGAUUGCUUGUUUAAGCAUGUUGCUUCCGGUAACCAGGAAGAAGUGGAGAGACUGCUAAGUCAAGAUGACCACGAUAAGGACACUGUUCAAAAAAUGUGUCACCCUCUGUGCUUCUGUGACAACUGUGAAAAGUUGGUCUCUGGGAGGCUGAAUGAUCCUUCAGUGGUCACUCCAUUUUCCAGAGACGACAGAGGCUAUACUCCACUGCACAUAGCAGCUAUUUGUGGUCAGGCAUCCCUUAUUGAUCUGCUGGUUUCGAAAGGGGCCGUGGUGAAUGCAACAGAUUAUCAUGGGUCAACACCUCUUCACCUCGCUUGUCAGAAGGGAUUUCAGAAUGUUACACUUCUGCUGUUGCACUAUCAGGCAAGUGCAGAUGUUCAAGACAAUAACGGCAAUACUCCUCUUCAUUUAGCCUGCACUUACGGUCAUGAGGAUUGUGUGAAGGCUUUAGUCUACUACGAUGUCCAUUCUUGUAGACUAGAUAUUGGGAAUGAAAAAGGAGAUACUCCUCUUCACUUAGCCGCUCGCUGGGGUUAUCAAGGGAUCAUAGAAGUAUUGCUGCAAAAUGGUGCCAGUACAGAGGUCCAGAACCGAAUGAAGGAAACGUCAUUGCAGUGUGCAUUAAACUCUAAGAUUUUAUCAGUGAUGGAAGCAAAUUACCGUACCUUUGAAAAGGGACAAAAAUCUGAGUCCCCAGGUAGGUCUCCACAAUGCUCAGGAGUCUCCAUUAGCCGGGAAUCUUCCAUCUCAAGCCUAUCUUCAGUGGCAACAGAACCCCGACAAGAAGAAACCAAAAACAAUUAUAAAGAGGUAGAAAAACUUUUAAGAGCUAUUGCUGAUGGGGAUCUGGAAAUGGUGCGUUAUCUCCUGGAGUGGAUGGAUGAAGAUGUAGAAGAUACAGAGGAACCAGUCAGCCCAGUGAAACUGGAGUUCUGUCAUCCUUUAUGCCAGUGUCCGAAGUGUGCGCCCGCACAAAAGAAGCUCACAAAGUCCCCCGGGAAUGGACUCGGAGUGAAUGUAACAAACCAGGACGGCUUCACACCAUUGCACGUUGCUGCUCUGCACGGGCGAGCCGACCUCGUCUGUCUUCUGCUGAAGCACGGCGCCGACGUCGGGGCGAGGAAUGCCAGUCAAGCGGGAGCUCUUCAUCUCGCCUGCCAGAAAGGUCAUUUUCAGGUGGUGAAGUGUUUAAUGGACUUUAAUGCCAAGCAAAAUAAAAAGGAUAUAAAUGGAAAUACACCCUUAAUUUAUGCAUGUUUGAAUGGCUAUCAUGAAACAGCUGCUUUGUUAUUGGAGCAUGGAGCCUCCAUUAACGUUUGUAACAACAGGGGCAACACGGCCCUGCAUGAAGCGGUGAUAGGAAAUCAUGAUGUCUUGGUUGAGCUCUUGCUGCUGCAUGGAGCGCUGGUCCACCUCAGGAACAAGAGGCAGCGCACCCCUCUCGACUGUGCCGAGCGGAAUUCAAAGAUUAUGGCAUUGUUGAAGACAGUACCAGACUGUGUUGCACCAUCAGAAGAUACGGGAGAAGAUACCGGUGGAAAGCACUCUGCUCUUAAGAUCAGGAAAAAAUUGAAUUCAAAGCUGCCUGAGACACCGCCAAGUGAUCCUUUUAGCAGACGAUUUCAGUUUGUCCAUUCAGUCGAUAACAAAUCGAAAGCUUUGUGGGAGACUCUGACAAGAAAUAGAAGUGUUCCCAAUUUUGAUGAUGGUGUUGUACACCAGGGUGUUGAAAAAGCUCAUCAUACUGAGCAGUUGGACCAGGAUGUACUUCAAGCAACUGCUGAAGAAAGCAACACAAAGGAAGCCCUGAGAACUAAAGAAAUACAGCAGAGGCACCCCAUCGGUGAGACAGAAGUUCCAGAGAAUCCCCAAAGUCUUGAUAAUAGUGAUUUAUUAGUGCAAGAGCCUAUUAAUCCUCCGUCCGAAGAUUCCUAAAACAGUAACCAAGAAUUAUUUAUUGGCAAAAAAUGGAAGAAACAGCAGAAUGAUGUCACUGAUAGUUGAGGUUUAGAGGCUAUACCUUUCCAAUGGACUAGAAGAGUGUCCUCAGCUAAAAGUUCUUGGUGGGCUUGUACUUUAGAGAAGGAAAGUAAAAUGUUCCAUUUUGGGGACACAAUUUGUGACUGAACCGGUGGAAAAUGGUCGAGAAAGUUGUCUGCACCAUUUGCCCCCUCCCUCCAAGUUAAAGCACUUAAAGGAUGAGCAAAAAGGUUUCAGGGACACCAAAUCUUGGGUGAUGGUUUGGUUUCAUUCAGGUUUUGGGGUCACUUGAUUAGCUUAUGAGAAAAUUCAGUACCAGGUUAUAACUCCUUUCUGUUGAAAGGUUACGAACUAUAUAGUGUGUAAUAGACUUAAAUGUUAUUUCACUAUCACUUUAUAAUGAACUGGGCGAAGCUGUUCGAAUUUGCUAACAAAAUGCAGUGCAGUUACUCUGCAGAAAAAUCAACAUUUGAAUCCCUGCAAAGCAGAAUUUGAAGCUACACUGUCCAAGUCCCACUUACAUUUAUUUUUAGUGAGUAAACAGGCAUCCUAAAUUUGUCCAGCAGUAAGUAUAUGAAAAAAUCUUUUUUUUCAAUCCCUGCAAACAUGCACAAAGAUUUAUACCUCUGCACCUGUAUUAAUGAGAACCUGCACAUUCACGAAAAGCUCCCCUCCCUUAAAAUGUUACCUUUGAAGAAUGUCACAAUAGAUAUUCGAUUUGGCACAUCUCUCCUUACAGGCUUUCAAUUCAAAUUCAACUUUUAUAGCACAAAGUUAAAAUGAUUUUGGUUUAUAAUGUUUCAUCAAAUUCACAUUUGUUCCUUUUAUAAAUUUAUAUAGAAUAUUUUGGUUUUAUUUUUUUUACUACGGUGUCAAUAACCUGGGUGAACAUAGGAACUUGUCCUUAGUUUGUUUUCAGAUGACUUUUUAAUAGAAAAAAAUGGCUUGUGCAUGCUCUUGGAAACAGGUGCGUGCUUAUAGAAAGGAGGGGUUGUGUAUAUUUUUCUAUGAAGUAAUUUAUGAUUUCUGCUAAUUUUCUAAUGUGCCUUGGAUAUGUGCCAAAUAAUGGAAAGAAAGAGUAAAACUUACUG